AUGGCGAAAGAAAACAUGUCAGCAUGGAGUCCUAAAAAGUACGAUGUUUUCAUCAGCUUCAGAGGUGAGGACGUUCGCCACAACUUCGUUAGCUAUCUUCGUUCUGCUCUCCGCGGAGCCAACAUCAAAGCAUACGCCGAUGACGCUAAUCUUCAAAAAGGAGACGAGGUUUGGCCCUCACUGUCCCAAGCAAUCCAUGACUCACACCUCGCCAUUGUCGUUUUCUCCAAAAAAUAUGCAGAUUCCAAGUGGUGCUUGAUAGAACUCGUAGAAAUACUUCACUGCAGAAAAACUGAAGGACUCAAACCUGCUCUUGUUCUUGGUGACAAAGUCAAAGACAACGACCAUGUCAUCCAAGAGUGGAAAGCUGCUCUUUCUAUUGGUGACAAAUUCAUCCAAGAGUGGAAAGCUGCUCUCACCGAAGCCGCCAAUAUAUGUGGAUGGGACUCUCGUACCCGUUACCACAAGUAA